CUGAGGAAAUCAGAUUUGGGUCAAAGAAGAGCUACUGGGCAACCACAUUUUGAAUUGCUACUAAAAACAAGAGCUUUUCCCAAUAUGUCAAAAAUCAAUCUGAGCAUUGCGGCUUUGCUUUUUGCCCUUGUUCUGGUGACGGUGACAUGGGCCCAGAGCCCCAGGAAGACACUGAAAUCACCAAAGCCCUCCAAGGGCCAGUGCUGCGACGAGGUGCGCUCUCUCAAGGUCCAAGUGGCCAACUUGACAAGCCUUGUCGGGGAACUGAGUCGCAAGCAGGAGGCCGACCUGAGGAGCGUGGUGAGGCAAAUCAUGGACCUGGAUAAGCAGAAUCGGCAGCAGGAAGCCCGGGUCACCGAGGCUGAGAGCAAGUACUCAGAAAUUAACAACCGUGUGGAGAUCAUGCAGCUUCAGACUCUGCAGUCGGCACCUCAGACGACAUCAGAUGCCAUAUAUGACUGUGCAUCACUCUACAGCAAGAGCUAUAAGAUAUCCGGCGAGUACAAACUGCCAAAAGACGAGUUUCUGGGAACUCCUGAGCUCAGCGUGUUCUGCGACAUGGAGACAAAUGGAGGCGGAUGGACUCUGAUCCAGAGACGUAAAGUGGGCCUGAUGUCAUUCAACCGCGACUGGAAGCAGUAUAAAAGUGGCUUUGGAUCCAUCCGCGGAGACUUCUGGCUUGGCAACGACAACAUAUUCCGUCUAACAAGGCGGCCCACUGUGCUCAGAAUUGAGAUGGAGGACUGGGAAGGAGAGAGCCGUUAUGCUGAGUAUGGCUUUUUCACUGUGGCCAAUGAGCUCAACAGCUACAAGCUUUUCCUGGCCCACUACAGUGGGAACGCCGGAGACUCCCUGCGCUACCACAACAACACCAACUUCAGCACACUCAACAAAGACAACGACAAGUGUGUGGAUGACUGCGCUUCUUUACGUAAAGGUGGUUAUUGGUACAACUGCUGCACCGACUCCAACCUGAACGGCGUUUUCUACCGCUAUGGUGACCACGUGAAGAGCACAGACGGCAUCACUUGGUACGGAUGGCACGGUCCCAACUACUCCUUGAAAAAGGUGGAGAUGAAGAUCCGGCCAGUUGGGUUUCAGCCUUAAGUUCUACACCUUAUGUCCUGGAUGGAAUGAUGAGGCUUUCCCUUGGCAGCCAAAGGAAGGAGAUUCAUUCUUUAUGUUGGCCUGAUUAAGUUUGAUGAAUUUUUUUUUUAUUUGUAUCAUGUUUGACUGUAAAUUGCAGACUGUGUGCGUGUGUGUGUGAUUAGUCUAUUUAUCAGUAAAAUGUUUUAUUUCUUAAAAUCUUACAUAUGUGUGUGGCUGGAUUGUGCUUCAUUUAUACAUAGGGCAAGCAAAAACAAGUGAUACGUAGCAACGAUUGUGCUCAAAUGUGGUUUGAAAUUGCUGGAAUGGGACCAAAUAUUAUUGAAUUAUGCCACAUUGUACUGGUAUACACUAGCCAUUGAUUGUCAUUGUUGUAAAAUGUGUACAGAUGUGUGUUUUUAUAUGUGACAGAAAAUAAACAUAUUUUUAAAAGAAA